CCGGCUUAGCUAAAAUAUUGUUCAUCGGAUCACUCUGUCUUGCAGAAAUAAGAAGCAAUUGAAGCCUAGAAAUGUCUAAAAUUGACGAAAUGGACAAAAACCCUAAUGUUUUCAAAACCCUCAAUUACUUCAAUUUUACCAUGGGCUGUCUUCCAGAUGAGCUGCCAUAUCUUCACUGCAAUGUGUACCCAUUGGAAACUUUUCCGGCCAAUUUUGCUCCGGUGGAGCUUGUAGAGCUUCAUUUGCCUUACACCAUGAAUAUAAAAGCUUGCAAAGACAGCAAAGUACAAAUAUCGAAAGACCGGCUACUUGCUGCUUCCGGUUGAUACAUACACUUAUUUGACAAGCCCACUUUGCUUUCUUUCUUCCUGUAAGAGAGAGAAAUGGACUUUAUUAUGUCUGUUGCAACUUCAGUUGCUACUGACAUUGCAAAAUCUGUUAUAGCCCCUAUUGGAAGGCAGAUUGGCUACAUUAUUUACUACAGCCGUAAUGUCAACAAUCUAAGAGUGGAGCUGCAGAAGCUGGUUGACAAGAAAACGACUGAGGUGGAUCCACGUGUUGAUAAUGCUGCAAGGAACUUGGAAAAUGUUGCUGCUUCAGUGACUAAUUGGCAGAAAGCAGUCAAUGAUGUGAAUGGAGCUGCUACAGAUUUUCUGGAUGACGAAGUUAAAAGGAAUAACAAGUGCAUGAAUGGGUUGUGUCCUAAUCCAAUCUCACAUCAUUCUUUGGGUAGAAAAGCUGUGAAGAUCGCUGCUGAUGUUCUUACUCUUCUCCAAGAAGCUGAUCAAUGGCCUUUCCUCAAUCAAAUUGCCAUUCCUGCACCUCCAUCGAUGUCAGGAUCAACAUUCGAUGCCGUAGGAAUAAGGCUUUUUGAAUCCAGGAGAUCAAUCGAGCAUGCGGUGUGCGAAGCAUUAAAGGAUGAUAAUUUAGGCAUGAUUGGUCUAUGUGGGAUGGGUGGAGUGGGUAAAACCACUCUAGUAAAGAAGCUCAUGAAAAGAGCUCUGAAUGAGCAAUUAUUUGAUGAAAUUGUGAUGGCAGUCGUUUCUCAGAGUCCGAACAUUCAGAGGCUUCAAGGUGAAAUUGCUGCUCCUUUAGGGUUGCAGUUUGAUAAUGAGAGUUUACUUGGAAGGGCUGGUAAGCUACAUGCAAGGAUUGCAGAUAGUGAGAAAAGGAUCCUUUUAAUAUUAGACGAUGUUUGGAACGAGUUAAAUUUUGAAGAAAUAGGACUCCCUCCACCUAAUAAAUCAAGGAAAUACAAGAUUGUUUUGACUUCGCGAAAUAAAGAUGUUUGCAACGUAAUGGGGAGCCAAAAGAAUUUUGAAAUCCAAGUUUUAGAAAAUGAAGAAGCUUGGUCUUUGUUUAGAGAAAUGGCCGGCGAUUCCUUUGAUCAGGUAGCAAGAGAGGUCUCAGAUGAAUGCAGAGGUUUGCCUAUUGCAAUUGUAACUUUGGCCAAGGCAUUGAAAAAUAAAACAAAAGAAAUUUGGGAUGAUGCACUUGUAAGACUAAAGAAUUCUAACACGGAAGGUAUUAGAGGAAUGGAAAAAGAUGUGUUGUUCCGAAUUGAAUUAAGUUAUGAUUAUCUGGAAAAUGAGGAAGCAAAGUCAUGUUUUUUGAUGUGUUGUUUGUAUCCUGAAGAUUACGAUGUUCCAGUUGAAUAUUUGGUCAGAUAUGGGAUUGGACUGGGGCUGUUUAAAAAUGUUCGUACCGUGCAGCAGGCAAGAAAUAGAGUUUAUGCCAUUAUUGAUGAACUCAAAGCAUCAUUCUUGUUGCUUAAUGGUGAUGCAUAUUUGUAUGAUUCUGUGAAAAUGCAUGAUCUAGUACGAGAUGUUGCCAUAAGAAUUGCCUCCAAGGAUCAACAUAGGUAUAUAGUAAGCUGUGAUGCUGAAAUAAACAAGUGGCCUGAAGGUACAGAUCAGAAGUAUAGAGAUUGCACUGCGAUUUCACUAUUUUGUAGUAAAAUUAAGGAACACCCAGUUGAUUUGGAGUGUCCAAAGCUACAACUUUUACAAGUUGAAUGCGGAAAAGAUUCACAAUCCCUACCAGAAAAUCUUUUUGAAGGGAUGAUAGAACUCAAAGUUGUUUCAUUGAAAAUCCCAUCUUUGCCCCGGUCGCUUGAUGUCCUAAAGAAACUUCAAACCUUGCAUCUUAAGCUUCUUCAUUUUGGUGAUAUAUCUACAAUUGGUGCUUUACAGAGUCUGCAAAUUCUUUGUAUUAAGAGCGGAAGUUAUAGGAGCGGAAGUAUUUUUUCUAAAAAAAAAAAAGAGAGAAGUUUUAAGUAUUUGCCAACAGAAAUUGGAAUGUUGAAGAAUUUGAGGUUGCUAGAUUUAUGGGAAAUGGAGGAAUUGGAGUACAUUCCAUCAGGUGUAUUAUCAAGAUUGUCCAAAUUGGAAGAGUUGUAUGUGACAAGUUUCUUCUUUGCUUGGGGAGUGACUACUGAAGAUGGAAAGACAAAUGCAAGCCUCAAUGAGAUAGAGUCUCAUCCCAUAACUGGAUUAAAAAUUGGUAUACAAAAUUCCUCAGUUUUGUGUAAAGAAUCCGUCUUCGAGAAUCUUACUAGAUUUAAAAUCAUUAUGUCUCCAUUUGCAUUUGUUGAUAGAAGGGAACGACGACGCAGAGAUUCUGUGAAUGAGUUAUAUAUUGGAGGUGAUGCAAUUGAAAUUAAAAAUAGCGCGAUCCAUGCUUUAUUAAGAACAUCUGAAGGGUUGAUGCUGAAAAAUUCAAAUGUGAAGACUGUUCAUGAGCUAGAAGACAAUGGCUGUCCAUAUUUGAAGAAGAUAGCAGUUCACAGUUGUGAUAGGCUAGAAUGCUUUGUUGAUGCAACCAAGGGGAGUCCAUCUUCACAAGAAAUUACGCAAUUAAGGAUUAGUGAUUCGGUUCAGCUUCCAUGUUAUGCUAAUUUGAGAGUGAUCAAAGUACAGCUUUGUUGCAAGUUAAGAUAUGUGUUUCCACUAUCAGUUGCCAGAGGGUUGAGACAUCUUGAAAGUUUAGAUAUAUAUAAAUGUGAUGAGAUGGAGGUAAUCUUCUACAGAGAGGAAGAAGAUUAUGGUAACAUGAGAGCUGUGCUUGAGUUUCCUAAACUAAAAGAAUUAAGUCUUGUUGCUCAAAAGCUAAUAUCAGCUGUUGGUCAUCUAAAUCCUAAUCAAUUGAAGGAAGAUGAUUGUGCCCUGAAGACAUCAACAAUGAGUUGGAAGAGUAAAAAAAUAGUUGAGCAAUGCCUCUUUCCAUCGCAUUGGCUACAAGCACAAAAUCUACAAAAUCUGGAGUUGUCAAAUUGCAAUUCAUUAAAAGUGGUAUUUUCCCCAUCCGGAGCACAACAACUGGUACAACUUAAAGGUUUAAGUAUAAUAGAAUGUGAGCAGUUGCAAUUUAUAGUAGCAGAAGAAGAGGAAGACACUAAUAAGGGAACAACCAAAAUAGUACUGUUUCCUUCCUUAACAUACCUUUAUCUCUAUCGUCUACCAGAGAUAGUGGCCUUUUGUCCGAACAGGCAUAUCUCCUUUGAUUUGCCCUUGUUUAAAAACUUGCAUUGUGAAGAAUGUCCUAAAAUGAAGAGAUUUUGCUCAACAACUCCAACCCAAUCAAUGUUGAACCAGACUGCGAGUUGUUCCAUUGAUGGUGUCCAUAAUGUCUCCAGGAGCAAGACAAGCAUGCCCAGCUUGAUAGUUCCAAGGAUAGCAAGAAGGGGAUCACAACAAGAAAGUGUCAAAACAAAUACGCAAACUAGACAUCCUAUUUCUGGUGAAGAUCAGCUGCAAAAGGAGGAUUUAUCACAGCAAAUUAAUGGCCGCAAUGGAACAAGUUGCCUUUUCCCAUCCAAUUUGAUUGAAAAAAUGCCUAGUCUGAAAACAGUUAAGCUGGAAUCUUGUGAAGCGGUAGAAGUGAUGUUUUCAUUUGAGAAAUGCGCUGAUGGAGUACUGCUUGGUGAUUUUGAAAAAAUGGACUUGCACACUCUACCAAGUUUGGUGCAUGUAUGGCUCAGCAUUUCACCACAAGUAACGGCUUUUCAAAGCUUGAAGCAACUAACAAUUGUAAAUUGUGAGAAAUUAUUACAUGUAUGGUCACGUGGAGUGGACGAAAACAUGAUAGAACAGGGCAAGUCCAAAAUUGUAUUUCCUCAACUGACGAUUUUGGAGCUUGAAAGUUUGCACAACCUCACUAGUUUCUGCACUGAAAUAUGUGCUGUCACAGUUGAAUUGCCGUUGUUAGAAACAUUCCGUAUCAAAGACUGCAAUCAGAUGAGGAGUUUCUCCUAUGGAGCAUCAGUAAUCACACCAAAACUGAAGGAGAUAAAGACGGAUGAGUUUAACUAUUCAUUAAAUGAAGACUUGAAUGUAACUUUCCAAAAUGUGAUGCCAAGGCUUGUAAUGGUGGAUGACAAGUACUAUUUAGCACAUAGUGGAUCGAGCACAUUCCGUAGUUUCAUUGUUCGAAAUUGCAAAACCAUGUUGAACUCGAUCCCUCGUAAUUUCACAAUAAGUCUUCAAAAUCUCGAAAAGCUUUGGGUAAAGGAGUGUGAUUCAUUUAUAUUUAAGUACGAAGAAGGAGAUGUUGUGACAUUCUCUCACCUUGAAGACAUUUAUCUGGAAAAUCUACCAAAACUUGAGCAUUUAUUCAAUAAAUUUACAAUAAAUGUCAUUGGCUUUCAAAAGCUGACCAAUCUACGAGUUAGAUAUUGUGAUAGUUUGAGAAGCAUUUUCUCAAGUUCGAUGGCGAAGGGUCUUUUACAACUCCAAGCACUUGAGAUAUCGUAUUGUAGUGUGUUGACAGAAAUAAUAGUAGAAGAGGAUGAAGAAGAAGAAGAAGUCGAAAUUGUGUUUCCGCAACUAAGAUCUCUGUUUCUUUCUGAUUUAGACAAGCUUACAAGUUUCUGCAAUGGCACUUGUUCUCUUGAAUUUCCAUUAUUACAAGAUAUUAGCAUAGGGGGUUGCACUCAAAUGAAGACUUUUACUUAUGGAUCAUUGAUUACUCCAAAGCUGAAAAAAGCACGACUCAAUCGCAGAGAGUAUGAUUCAUUGAUUGGUGACCAAGAUCUUAAUGCAACACUGCAUCAACGCUACAAACCCAAGGAAGAGGAAACACUUGAAAUUAGAGGAAGUUCACGAGAGGUUGAAGUUGAUGUUACAAAGGGUACACCUAAUGCAAUAGAGGGUGAACUCGAUGAUGUUGGCCAGGACGUAUCUCAUCUUACCCGCCAUGAGAUAGAUGUUAUGGAAGAAACGUCAAUUGAAGAAAAUGUUGAAAUCCUUCAGGAUAUCAAAUUUCAAAGUGGGCAAUCUUCAGUUGAAGGAGAAAAUCAUGCUUGAAAAAGCUAACUCAUGCGCAAUAAAUAAAGGCAACAUUAGUGGCGGAGCCAGAGGGCGAGGAUGGGCCGCUACUCCCCUCUGCCGGCGAGAUCCCCUGAACUGCUGCCCUGCACCUGUGCUGCUGCCCCCCUCUAUCUUGUUGAACCCUACUGAGUAUCUUUGCCUUUUUGUUUGGAUUGGCUGAUUUCGAAAUAAUAAAAUGUGGAUUUUGUUUGUUUGGUGAAAUUAUGAAGAGUGGGUUUGAGCCUAAGUUGUGCUUGGAUGGAAAGACAAUGGAUGUACUGAAACUGUUAGAUAAAAUGAUUAACUGGGUUUCAAAAUGUGGUGUUGGGUAGUAACAUUUUUGGCAAAAGGUGUAAUUUGAUCUUUUAAUUAUUAUUGAAAAUUACUGAUAA